AUGUCUCAUACCAAUAAUUCAGAAGCUGGUAAUUUUGCUGAAACUACUCAACAAAAUCAUUUACAUUAUAAUGCCAUCAAUGAUUCCUCCCUGGUCUCUUCUGAUUCCUCCCAACCCCUUGUUCAAGAGCGACGACCUAGUCAACCUUUUGUCCAAAGGAGGCGACCUAGUCUACCUUUUGUCCAAGAGAGACAACCUAGUCAACCUUUUGUCCAAGGGAGACGACCUAGUCUACCUUUUGUCCAAGAGAGACGACCUAGUCAACCUUUUGUCCAAGAGAGACGACCUAGUCAACCUUUUGUCCAAGAAAGACGACCUAGUCAACCUUUUGUCCAAGAGAGACGACCUAGUCAACCUUUUGUCCAAGAGAGACGACCUAGUCAGCCUUUUGUCCAAGGGAGACGACCUAGUCAACCCCUUAUUUAUCCAGGAGGACGACGAGCUAGUCAACCUCUUGUCCGUCCAGAAAGACGACGGCCUAUUCCUUUUUCGCAACAACUUCCACCAGACUACGCGUUAGUGAAGACUUUUAUAAAUAAUCCUAUAAUUUAUGGCAACAUUUAUGAUUUCGACAAAUUACGUAAUUUUUUUAAAAUCUUGAAAAUGAAUCUUACAAAUGACUAUAAAAACGCCGACCUCAGCGCAAUUUUCGACAAUACUGAUGGAAAUUGUGAACAGUUAGAUAUACUACGUAAAAAUGUUACGUUUAGUUGUAAGGUCAAAAACCCUUUUGGCGAAGAUUCACUUCAAACUCCAACAGGAACAUGCAUUCCCAUAAAAAAGUUGAAUGUGAAACCUAUCGCUUCUUUGUCUUUUACGUGGGAUGAUUUAAAACCAAAUCAACUUAAUAAUUGGAAUUCAGAAUUACUUGUAUAUGGCAAUACAGAAAUGCUCGGUGAUCCUCUUUACACUAUAAUAUUGGUGACUGCUUAUUCUGAAGAUAAAAAUUCUUUACAAACAACGUUAGAUAGCUUAGUAAAAACUGAUUAUAGUGAUGACCACAAG